AUGGAAACAAUAGAUUGUGAAAUCAGCUUACUUGUGGAUCCUGAGACUUGCAGUAUAUGUUUCAAUGAUGAUUUCAAAUCUGAGCAAAUGUAUUAUGUUGCUUUAUGCAAUCAUAAAUUCUGUUUGGAAUGCAUGAAACGAUAUAUAGAAGUGAGGCUUCUAGAGGGAACUGUACUGAUAUGUCCUUAUUAUCAAUGUGAGUCUAAGCUGACUCUUAAAAGUUGUUUUCAUAUUUUGACAUCUAAACUAAAAGCGAUGUGGGAACAAAAGAUUGAAGAGGAAUCCAUUCCAGUAACGGAGAGAUUUUAUUGCCCGAACCCGAGGUGCUCGGCUUUAAUGUCGAAAAUCGAGCUCUCUAAAUCUACCUUAGAAGAUGGAUUUGUGAGAUGCUUCCAAUGCGGGGAGCGCUUUUGCAUUAACUGCAAAGUUUCAUGGCAAAGUAACUUGUCAUGUGACAAUUGCAAGAAAUUGGGUAAUAAUCCUACAUCAGAUGAUAAGAUGCUAAAAGUUCUUGCAAAUGAGAAAAAGUGGCGCCAAUGUGAAAAGUGCCAACAUAUGAUCAAACUUUCGGAAGGAUGCAUCCAUGUAACUUGCAUGUAUCUCUCAAAUCAUUUUCUUAAUUAUAAUCCAUUCAAAUUUUGA